CACAGUGCUGGGCUACACCAGCAUAAACAACCUUAACCCAUUCACAUAUACACAUCACUAACUCAACACAUGCACACCAUACAGCCAGCCUAUCUUUAACACACACACACACACACACACACACACACACACACUACAGGUGCAUUAAAGGGCAUACACACAGAUGGGCCUGACGCUGCUACUGGGCGGUCUGAUCGCGCUCGCCGCUCUGCUCAAGUGCCUCCUGGGAUUGCGGCGUUCCCACGGCAGGUUGCCGUGCCUACCACGCCUGCCGUUGCUGGGCAGCCUGCUGAGCCUGCGCUCGGAGCUGCCGCCGCACCUGCUCUUCACCCAGCUGGCGCACACCUACGGCAAGCUCUACGCACUCUACCUGGGCCCGCACCUGGCCCUGGUGGUCAACGACUACACCCACGCACGCGAGGUCCUGCUCGGCAAGGGCCGCGAGUUCGCCGGACGACCUUACAUGGUGACUACAGAGCUUCUGACUCGUGGGGGGAAGGACAUCGCCUUUGCUGACUACAGCCCAUUGUGGAGGGGUCAGCGCAAGCUGGUACAUAGUGCCUUCAGCCUCUUUGGAGAGGGGUCCAGUAAACUGCAGACCAUUGUGUUAGAAGCAGCAGACUGCCUGGUCUCAGAGCUGCUCUCCCUCGGUGCCCAGCGCGAGUGUGUGGGGAACGGUGUGUGUGAGGGUGUGUGUAGGUGUGUGUGUGUGGACCCCGCACCUGCCAUCCUCCGGGCGGUCACUAACGUGGUGUGCCGGCUGGUGUUCAGCGGCAACUACAGCGCUGGCGACCCUGAGCUCCGUGAGGUCAUGGACUACAACGACGGCAUCGUGCAGACCAUCGCCCGCGGAGCACUGGUGGACAUCUACCCCUGGCUCCAAAUUUUCCCCAAUAAAGAUUUGGAGAAACUGAAAGCGUGUGUAAAAGUAAGAGACAGCCUACUGACAACAAAACUAGAGGAACAUAAGGAAAGUCUGACCCCUGGUGAUCCCCGUGAUCUGCUGGACGCUCUGCUGGAGGGGCGGAGCUCUGGUGGGGAGAGUGGCCUAUCAGAUGACCACGUGCUCAUGACCGCCGCUGAGGUCUUUGGGGCCGGAGUGGAGACCACCUCCACCACCAUACUGUGGGCUAUCGCUUUCCUACUGCACCACCCAGAGGUGCAGGAGCGUGUGCAGGCCGAGCUUGAUGAGUGUGUGGGUGCAGAGCGGGCGCCGUUGCUAAGCGACCGGACGCAUAUGCCCGUGCUGGACAGUUUGAUGUGCGAGGUGAUGAGGAUCCGACCGGUCAGCCCACUGCUCAUCCCGCAUGUAGCCAUGCAAGACACCAGUAUCGGAGGCCACUCUGUUGCCAAGGGAACUCGUGUUCUGGUGAACAUGUGGGCCAUCCACCAUGACCCUCAGGAGUGGGACCAGCCAGACAGCUUUAGGCCAGAGCGUUUCCUUGACGACUCAGGCCAGAGGGUGAAUCCGCCGUCCUUCCUGCCCUUUGGGGCGGGGCCCCGGGUGUGUGUUGGCGAAUCGCUGGCCAGGAUGGAGCUCUUCCUGUUUCUGUCCCGUGUGCUGCAGCGCUGUCGCCUUACCGUCCCUCAUGGGGGUUCCCUGCCAGACCUGCAGGGGCGCUACGGAGUUGUUCUGCAACCACCAAAGUACACAGUCACCAUCAAAGCCCGGACCUGACCCUAAUUGAGUGUGUGUGUGUGUGUGUGUGUGUGUGUGUGUGUGUGUGUGUGUGUGUGUAUUUGUGCAGUAUUUUUGUGCACAUGUUAAAGUGUAACUCCGGUGAAAAAUUGACCCCAUGAUCUUUUUCUGCAUUAAAACACAUCAAAUAAGCCGUGGAGACAGUACGUUGUUCUGGUGUACAACGGUGUACGUUAGCCACAAAUUGCAAACAGCAGAUUAGCUAAGGGUGGUGAACUAAAAGAUUCUGAAAUGGCAUUUUUUAACCAGUAAUAUUGUUAGCAAACCCUGAGCAAACCUUGUCAGUAGCUUGCUCAGGGUCUCUACACAUAAAAUUAAGCACUGACAACGUACAUAGCAAACCUGGAGUUUAUUAUAGCCUAGAAGACUGUUACGAACAUGAGGCUAUAAGGAUUGAGAACAUGAUGUAUUCCCAAUGGAAAACGCAAAGCAUUUUGGGAAUUUGCAGCACAAAUUUAGGUAGUUUUACUGACUUUGCGGGAAGAACGCAGUGCAGUGUUCAAGAUGCCGUUUACCUGCUGUGUUAUAAACUGCAAAAGAGUGGCGUGAAGCUUAUCUUUUCUCGUUUUUCAGCAUGGAAAAAUAAAAGUACACUCCAUGUUUCAGAGGUGAUAAAAAGGCGAGGAAUGGCAGCAGCACUAAGGAAGAACAAGAUUAUGUUUUGUUUUUCACACUAUUUUUCACGCUAAGUUUUCAUUAUUUUCAUGCCAGACCAUCGACCCAGAACACUAGCCUGAUGUAAACUCAUGUAAGCUGGCCAAACACACUCACAUUUCUUUGCGUUUUAAUGACGUUGCCGCCUAUUUGGUCACAUCUUAGUGAUCUCUAUAACGAUUUGAGGCUAUAAGGUACGCCGGUGGAAGCUCUGUUGUGCUUGAUCAACGAAAAACAUGGUGUCUACAGCUUAUUUGAUGUGUUUUCAUGCAGAAUAAGAACAUGUCAAUUUUCGCCAGAGUUACACUUUAAUAUAUCUGAUAAAUGACAGUCGUACUACCAGCAACUAGUAUUAGUGAACAUUUUUUUAAGCAUCAGCAGGAUACAGGAUAGACAUUCGGUUAAUUAAUUUCAUAAUUCAGUUAAGUUCUAACCAUGUUUCAUUUCAAUUAAACCCAGUCAUAUGUUACUGUAAUGUGGCCAGACCGGUUAUCUUUUCAUUUUAGUUGAUUUAUCUUAUCUUCUUAUCAGAUUUUCAUCCAUUCAGAAUCGUUAACUAUACCUUCACUUA